AUGACGGUCGGGAAGCUGUUGUUACGUUGUCUGACUACUGAAAUCCGGCGCACCCUGUGUUUCGAACUGGGCCCGGACGCUGGACCCCGACAGAGCGCACACAUCUCUCUCUCAACAGCCGAGAAUCGUAUAAUCGUAGUUUCCAUCAUGUCGUACAAAGCCGGUAUCGAAGAAGCCAUUACGGACCUUAAGGACCGCACGGGUUCGAGUAUGAUUGCGAUUCGCAAGUACAUGCAAUCCAAACUUCCCGCCGAUAAGAAGUGGCAGAACGCUGUCUUUCUGUCCAGUCUCAAGAGCGGAGUCGCCGCUGGUGACUUUGUUCAGGUCAAAAACUCGUACAAGAUCUCGGCCGACUACAAGAAAAAGAAGGCUGCCGCGGUCAAGAAAGCUGCUGCUCCCAAGAAGGUCGCCCCGAAGAAGAAGGCGCCUACCGCGAAAAAGAGUACGGCCGCGAAGAAGAAGACCACGGCACCCAAAAAGACCACCGCGCCGAAGAAAAAGGCUCCGACCGCCAAGAAGGCCACUACGGCACCCAAGAAGACUGCCACAAAGAAGGCCACCGCGCCGAAGAAAAAGGCAGCCACCGCCAAGAAGCCGGCGGCGCCCAAGGCGACAAAGCCGAAGGCUGCUCCCAAAAAGAAGGCAGCCUCUAAGAAGGACGCUGCUCCCAAGCCAGCUGAAACCAAAUAAAUAUUUGGCUUGACUGAGAGCUUGCACUCUAGCUGUGCCUGACGCAUCCAGUGUCAGUAUAGCAACCAAAACCGGAUUUUCUAAAAUCCACCCAACCCACAAAGGCAGUCAAUUGUAUCCUCUUAUUGUACAAUCAAGCAGUGAACUUCUUUUUGCGUA